AAGUCUAAAGCAAAUCAUCCAAAAAUGUUUUAUCAACCCAUACAGGCACAUAAGUCAUGUACCUGUUUAAGCUUAAGCAAAUAUAAAUGACUUCAAAAGGUCGGUAUCAAUAGACAAUCCAGAGGCCAGAGCAACCACGCAAAAACAGCGCCUGUCCAGCAAUAGGAGUGGAUUGUAUUUGAAACGUUAGAAGAAUCGAUACGAUGAGGUUUCUAGAUUUGUUUGUUGUUGCUUCUAUGCCAGUUUUGAAAGUGCUCCUGCUGACGGCACUUGGUUCAUUUCUCGCCUUGGAUCGUAUAGAUGUUAUGGGGGAGGAUGCGAGGAAGCAGUUGAAUAAUGUUGUUUUUUACGUGUUUAAUCCCGCAGUGGUCAGUAGCAACCUGGCCAAAACAAUUACCUUUGAGAGCAUUGUUUUAUUGUGGUUCAUGCCAUUCAAUAUCCUGAACACAUUUAUUAUUGGCUCAGCAAUGGGAUGGGUACUAGUAAAAAUUACAAAAGCUCCUCAACAUCUAAGAGGCCUCAUAUUGAGUUGCUGUGCAGCAGGAAAUAUGGGACACUUGCCCUUAAUUGUCGUUCCAGCGAUCUGUACAGAGAAAGGCAGUCCCUUCGGCACUCCUGACAUUUGCCAUAAGUACGGAAUGGCUUAUGCUUCACUUUCUAUGGCGAUAGGAGCCAUUUACUUGUGGUCUUAUGUAUACAACAUAGUGCGAGUUUCCUCAAGUAAGGUCAACAAAGACGUUAAUGGAGAUGGCUCAACUAGAAUUUUGAAGUCUACGGAAGGCAUGCCAGCAUUACUUGAAGAGGAUUACUCAGAAUUUCUUCUUCCUUCAAAUGAUUGCUCCAUCUCUCUCAAGUAUACGCAUGAAUUGACAUUUCCAUGCACCAAACCAAACGGAACUGUCAAGGUAUCAGAUUUUGACAAGACUUGGCAGUAUUUAAGGAUGAUUUCACAAAAACUCAAUCUGAAGGCUUUAUUUGCACCUUCAACUACUGGGGCGUUUAUUGGAUUCACUAUAGGUGUAGUUCCCCAAAUUCGAAAUCUCAUAAUUGGUGGUAAUGCUCCCCUCCAUGUGGUUCAAGACUCUGCUUCUCUGUUGGGGGAUGCAGCCAUCCCAAUCAUAACCCUGAUAGUGGGAGGAAACCUUCUUAGAGGUUUGAAAGGACCAGGUAUUUGCCUGUCACUUGUAGUUGGAGUAAUUGCUGUUCGGUAUGUUUUCCUCCCCUUGUUGGGCAUUGUCAUCAUUAAGACUGCAGUCCGGUUUGGUCUGGUGCACUCAGAUCCACUAUAUCAGUUCAUUCUUCUGCUACAAUACGCACUCCCACCAGCAAUGAACAUAGGCACAAUCACCCAAUUGUUUAAAGCCGGAGAGAGCGAAUGCUCUGUCAUAAUGCUGUGGACAUAUGGGUUGGCGUCAAUUUCACUUACACUGUGGUCAACUGUGUUCAUGUGGUUAGUGGGUUGAUUUGUGUAUCCAUAGGUGUUGCCCCUUGCUUGCUUCUUCACAGAGGCUAAACUAUCUAGCAUCCAAAAGCCCGAGACAAAGUCCCUCAAUUUGGAGUUGAUGUAGAACCUGUAACACGUUGUCCUGUCCUUACCUAACAAUAGCAUAAAUUCUGUUUUAAUGUAGUGUAUGAUUAUGACAUGUGGCUAUCCUCUUCCUCUACUUGACUGCAGAGCGCAUAGCAUUGCUUCCAUUUUUCAACUUUACAACACUUCCUGUGUAUUCUAUUGCUGUAAGGUGCAUUGUUUUUGAGUUUCAUACCGCUAAUGCCAAGCUUCAAGCUAGAGUAAACAACUGCAUUUAAUUUUGGCA